AUGCGUCUCACCACGAACCUCUUUGCCAGCUUCCUCCUGCUGUCGGGAGCCGCCACCGCUCACCCGGGACAUAACGUCGCCCAGGAGGCGGCUGAGCGACGCGAUUUCCUCAACUCGGUGAAGCGAUCCUCACUCGCCCACUGCGCUGAGAAGCUCAAGGCCCGAGGCGUCGAGGCAAGGAAUGUUGCUCGGCGCUCGGCGCAAAUCUCCAAGGCCCGGCAGAAGCGCGGCCUUAAGAAGCGCGACCUCGAAUCUGUCCUGAGCGCUUCUCAUAACCAGACAGAUCAAGGAUAUACUCUGAACACAGACGCCAGCACGCUCUUUGCUGGAAUCAACUCUUGCGUGUUGACCCCCGAGGUUACCCAAGGGCCUUACUAUGUGGCCGGAGAAUACGUCCGCGAGAACAUUGUCGAAGAACAGGAGGGCCUCGGCAUUGUCCUCGACUAUCAGGUCAUUGACGUUGAGACCUGCGACCCAGUCCCCAACGUCUACCUCGAGAUGUGGCACUGCAACUCCACGGGUGUCUAUUCAGGCAUAGUCGCCAGCGGCAACGGCGACAGCUCUGAUGACACAAACAUCAACAACACCUGGCUUCGAGGAAUUCAGCGUACCGACUCGGAUGGCGUCGCGCAGUUCGAGUCCAUCUUCCCCGGCCACUAUACCAGCCGAGCCACGCAUAUCCACAUCAUGGUUCAUACAAAUGCCACUCUGCUGGCCAACAUGACUCUGGGCAGCGAAAACUACGCCAGUCACGUUGGCCAGGCCUUCUUCGACCAGGACCUCAUCUCACAGGUUGAGGCUCUGGAGCCAUACAGCUCCAACACGCAGGAACUCACCGAGAACGCCGACGACAGCAUCCUGAGCGAGGAGACAGCCACCGAUGGAGUCGACCCUUUUAUGGAAUACACCAUGCUCGGAGAUGACAUCACCGACGGCCUCUUCGCCUGGCUCGCCUUUGGUAUCAACGCCACCCAAUCUCAGUCCAUCACCCCGGCAGCCUACCUUUACGAGUCCGGAGGCGUCGCCAAUGAGAACUCGGGUGCUGGCGGCCCUGGAGGUAGUCCCCCGGAUGGAAUGACCCCUGGAGCCGCUCCUGGAAGUACACCUCCGGCCCGCGUGUGA